AUGUGUAAUAUUCAUGACACCUUCCCAGUGACCAAAGACGAGGAGCUCGAGAAUCGAGAAUAUCACCUAGCUCAGGCAAGGUCCCAGACUCACCAACACCAGCAGGAUCAUCAGGUACCACCCAACCAGCACCAUGUGCAGGCCAAGGUUCUCAAGAGCCCAAUAGAAUUGGUAAACACCAUCCGAAGUGAGACCGGCGAACUUGACGAGGCGAUACUUCAAGGUGUGGGACAAGAUCUAUUUCAUCAUUGCAAGAUCUCUGCCAACUCUAGUUUCCUCGAUCCUUUCAUAACAAACAAACUACACGCAUUUUCCAAUCUCGAUGCCAUAGAAGAUGAAAUAUCUCAGGCGCUAGGUGAAGGUGAGGAGGUGCAAGAGUGUAGUGUCUCUGGCAAGGAUAAGGGCAAGGGCAAGGCCAGGUACGAGGAUGAGGAUGAGGAAGAAGAUGAAGAUGAAGAUGAGGGUGAGGAAGAAGAUGAAGAUGAAGAUGAGGGUGAGGAAGGUGAGUACAACUACAAAGGGGAGGAUGAACUUGAAGAGGAGGAUGAACUUGAAGAGGAGGGCGAAUUUGAAGAGGAGGGUGAACUUGAAGACAAACUCGCCAACAAUCAUACUGCAAACUCCACGUUCAUCACUGACCAUCUCCACUCGAUCGCCCUCGGAGAAUCCGAAGCACCACCAGAGGGCCCACCAAACCCCGUGGAAGAAGCAGUAGAAGAUUCUGACGCUUCGAACCCACCUUCUCGCCAUUCUCCCACUCCACCUUCAUCCCCAUCUGAUCCCGGCGCGAUGGCCGAGAACCAAGACAAUGCCGCGCUCAUAAAUGGAAGUGCGAUGAAGCCCGAUGCCUUCGAUGGCACGAAGUCCAAGGUCUUAAUGAUCUUGUCCUACAUUAAAGAAGGUCAUGCUGGCGAAUACGUCGCCACAUACAUGAAGAAAUACGACACCGAUGAAAACACGGUGAUCCAGACCACAACGGAACUAUGGACGGAUCUGGAUAGACAUUUCCUAAUCGAUGAGCAGGCCGAAGCCUACGACCGUUUGCAAGCAAUGCAGAUGGGAGCGCUAUCGGCGCAAGAGUUCUUCUCGAAGUUUGAGUUGUGCGCCUUCCAGGCGAAUAUUCACGACUUCGAAGCGCACUUCCAGGAACUCAAGUCACUUCUAGAAAAAGCGCUCCGGGCCGACAUCAUUCGACUUCUGUACAAUUCGUCGGAAGAACUCCCCGCCACAUAUGCACUCUACAAGCAACGGGUCGCGCGCAUCGACCUAAAUCAGCAACAGUAUCGUCGAAGAAACCCUCAGUCCCAAUGA